GGCCAGGAGGGGCGCUCAAUUCUCAACAACUAUUUCCAAGGUGUUGGGUGGUGUUGAGGUGGUAUUGGACAUUGUGAUAUUCCCAAGUGAAAGUGAAUCCUUCGUCUAGCAACGAUUGAAAAAUUGUAAAAGUCAACUAGAACAAAUCACAUGACCGGAAUUUCAUAGAAUGAAUUACUAGGAGGUUAGGAGACCCCAAUAACCUACCUCAGACAAUCAGCAAUUGCAUUAACACUUCUCAGAUAACCUAGUAAAUCUCGCCUUUUUCGGUCUGAUGCCACUGAUACCAUUGCUGUUGGUUAGGGCCAUUGUAAUAAUUGAUUUCAAGUCAAGAGUGUGAAUCAUUGGGAAAAGAUGUCUUUGGAGAGUUUAUCGGAUAAUAGUUGCAGGCUGUGUGCCGAAGAGAAGAUGGAGAUGUUUCAGAUAUUUGGUGAUGAGGGGAAACAGAGAAGAGUAGCCCAAAAACUGAGGGUUUGUUUACCUGUUAUGGUGUACAAGACUGAUCCCCUGCCCAAAAAGAUAUGUCAAUUCUGUGCUGCAAGGUUGGACGAUGUUUUUGAGUUCAGGGAAUACUGUCUAAAUGUGUACCGGAGAAUGCAUGUGAAGUUGUUGGCGAGGAAGCAUAUGAACUCUGUGAAAAUAUUUCUGGAUGCUAUGGCAAACUCACCAGAUCCUUGUCAGGCACAAUUGUGUAUGCUAAAGCCUCGAGCACCACCGCCGCUGGUACCCUUGCCAGCAUCACUGCCAUUACCUAGUCCCGUUACUCCAGUUGAUCAGCAAAACAUCAGAGAGACUACUGCAACUCUCGAACCAUUACCAGACCUUCCCUGUGAAGUUCAGAUUAAAGAAGAACUGUCUCCGGCCACCAAAGCUGAGGUUGUCCCCGUCGAUGUCAAUGAUGAAUGUUUAGAUGAAAAUAUUGAGGUGAAUUAUCAAGGAAAUGACAACACCGAUAGUGAUGGAGUCGAGACAAAUGGAACGGAGUCUGAUCUGAAAGGGGAAAAGAAGACAAGCAUUUUGGAACAAGUGCUCACUGGGAAUCUAACUAUCAACGAUUGUAAAGAACUGUCCCCAACGAGCAAAUUGAGCUCCAAAUGGUGGUGUUCACCAUGCAAUAGUUAUUACAGAACGAAAGAAAGUUUAGUGAAACACAUAACACUUUAUUGCCCUCGUAAAUAUUCCUGUGGCAAAUGCUCCCUCGUAUUUCCAACUGUUGAAGAUUUGGCAAAGCACGAGGGCUCUGAUCAUUUGAAAGUAACCCUUGACUUUGAGGAAUCAGUGAAACAAUGUCAUGGUUGCGAUCGUGAGUUUGUAAGUUGGGAAAUGCUAAAGCAUCAUCGUUUGCGGGAUCAUCUUGCUAGUUCGAUCGAACUUGGAACUGACACAUGGUGCUCGCUGUGUAAUAGAUUUUUCCCAAAUAUCGAGCUAUAUCGGGGCCACGCUCAACUCCACGAAUCUGGGGACUUUCUGGAAAAAAUACUAGAGCCUCCAGAAGAGAUAGAUAAUUCGCCAAAAGCUCAGGAAGACUUGGAGAGCGUGAAACGCGAGCAUUUCAUCAAGAGCAUCAGAUCACUAACCUGCCCCACCUGUGGAAAGGUCUGCACCCAACAGAGUGCUCUAUCUAACCAUAUGCGCACUCACGAACCAAAAAAACACAAAUGCGAGGAGUGUGGUCGAUCGUUUGGACUGCUGAUACGUCUCGAGACUCAUAAAAUGAGUGAACAUAAUCAGAAGAGUAGAAUUUCACCGGCGUUGACGAGUGUCGAGCAAGAGGAGGCUUUGAAUGCUGAAAGAGAGGCCAGGGAGGCAAGAGAAGCUAAAUUACGGAGUCGACCAUAUAGUGAGAUAUUAGAUCCAGAGGGGGUCGUACUUGAUGAUCAACCUCCUGCAAAAAGACAAGCGACUAACUCUUCGAAGAAUGUUGCACGAUGUGGAAUUUGUGAACAAUGGUUCACUGAUCAUACAACGAUGCUCAAUCAUUUGCAAACACACUCAGAUAAUUUAACUGCUAAGAAUUUCACAUGUGCCGUAUGUAGGAAAAGUUUCAAGGAGAAAUGGCAACUACAAAGACACGAGGUCUCUCAUAAGCGAGUGAAAAAUUUAACCCCCGAGGAGGAGCCCCAAGAUAAAGUGCACAUUGUUGAUAAAACAUUUCAUUGCCAAAAAUGUAAUAAGAUAUUCUUCAAAGAAUUUUCACUUGUGACUCAUCAGUGUAUGAACCAGAAGAGAUUUAAAUGUCCAAAGUGCCUGACUUUCUUCGGGACCUGGCAGGCGAGAGCUUCACAUAUGAGGUUACAUUCACCCUCAGCAAAGGUAUCAUCGCAAAAAGAACCUGUCGAUGAUGCUAAUGACCCCACCGUAGAGUCUCCAUCAGACACCUCCUCAGGUACCUCCGUCCCAUUUCUGGAGCCCAAAGUCGAGAUUAAAGAGGUGGAAAAUCCCACAGCCCCCGUAAAAAGAACUCUAAUCAGAACAGCGAAUGGAUAUCGUUGUGGCGUAUGCCAAUCGCCAUUUGUCCUUCGUGAAUUGGCUGUGGCUCACCUGAGAUCAGCCCAUCCAAGAAUCACGCAGUACACAUUUAGUCAUCACAUCAAAACCGAUCAUCCUAAUGAGUCUGAGAAAUAACAUUAAAUUAUUGUCCUUAUCGGGUAAAAAAGAAAUUCACCGUUUUGAAAAUUCCGUGGAUAAGUGAUGAUUCAAUUAAUUGAGUCAUGUUCCUGUAAAAACGAGAUCUAUUCUAUUCGAUCGAUUGAAAAAGGGAAUAGAUCAUUGAUUACAGAUUCCUGUCACUGUGUCAUUUAUUUUAAUUAGAAUUAGAAUUGGAAUUGUCAUUGAGAUUGAAAAUAGUGCUGAUAAUUGGUAGUAUUGGAAAGUGUCUUUUUGGUGGAUAAUGUAAGUGGUAUUAGUAUUUAUCGAGGUAAUAAACAGCUUUAUCAUUGGAAA